AUGGUUGACACCGAUGCUACUUCUCCGACAGCUGACAGCAUCACAUGCAAUGAUGCUGAGAAGCUGUUAGAGCUGCAAAAAAAGGCCAUAGAGCUGCUAAGACUAUCAGAUAACACUUAUCUUGGAUGUCGUGAUGAAGAAGCAGAAUCACUUAGAAAAAUUAUAGAGAGCCGUGUCGGUGCUAAAGCUGGUGGAGGCGUUUUCGUCUUCGGAGUAAGCGGCACUGGGAAGACCACAACAGUGACCCAUGUGGUCGGCCGCUUUGAUGCGGGAAAGCCCAAAUUGAGAAAAUUAUACAUGUCAGGCACAUCGUACAUCUCAACAUGGCAUCUUUUAGAUUCAUUUUACGAAAUGCUGAUCAGAUGUCCGACUAUACGUAGUAGGCUUCUUUCUAACGUGCCCAAAACGAAAAAGCUAUCGUAUAGGGAGAUGGUGUCAGCAUUAGCCUCUGCAUUCAAAACAACAUCGACAUAUACGAUAUGUGUUAUGGACGAGGUUGAUUUCCUGCAGUCGAUGACUCUUAAGGUCGCCGCUGGACGUAAAUCUAACUGGAUGUUACAAGCAUUGCUUGCUGCAAGCCAUGCCCCAGGCAGUCGCGUGCUUUUCAUUGCAAUAUCAAAUAAUCUGAGACUUGCCACGUUAAUCACUGAACGGCAGUGCCGAGUGGUGUUGUUCAAGCCCUAUAAUGAGAAGCAAAUUAUCGCUAUCAUUAAAAAGAAACUUGAGAAAUUAGAUGAGCCGUAUACUGCAGUGAUCAAGGAUACAUCAUUGUUGCUAUUAGCAAGGCGUGUAGCAAACACCACAGGGGACUUGAGAGCGUGCUUAGACACAUUUACGCGUGCAUUGGCGACCUCAAUGUCGAACCUAACGGAUGAACUGCAGCAUCUGACACCGGUGACAGAUUAUUCAUCAAACUCCAAUGAGAACUCUCCUGAAAAGUCGAUAGAAGAGGCCGAAACACCUAAACGAGGGUAUGGUGAUAUGGCCAAUUCUAUUGAAUUAGAUGAAUACAAAGUGGAUCAUAAGGACAUCGGAUCACUGACACCCACAUUGUCGCUCAGCAAAACGGCUCUUAUCGAGUUGAAGGUUAAACCUCUGCCAUUGAUGCAGUUAUUAGCACUGUUAUCUAUAUGCAAGGCUUCGAUUGACGAGCAUAAAACUGUUGUAUCCUACGACGAUGUUAAGAUAUCGCUAUUGCACAUCGCAGAUCUAUUGACUAUGGAGAAAACGUGUGUCGAAGACUUUUGCAUGUCACAGCUAAAAGGGGCAAUCGACAUAUUCAAGGAGCUAGGACUAGUGUCGAAAGUAUCUCCAAAGGACUUAGAGGAUGGUAAAGCGGCGUACGAAGAGUUGAUUUCACUAUUGGUUGAUGCUGAAACCCUGGUACAGAUUGUCCUACCAAUAUCACCGGCUUUCGUCGGCCUUGACCUAGGAUUCCCUUACGGUUACAAAUAG